GAGAAAGGGGAGGGAGAAAACAAAGAGAAAUGCCAAUCAACAAGAUCGCCAUUGGAUCGACCGGGGAGGCGAGCCGGCCAGACGCAUUAAGGGCAGCAGCAGCUGAGUUCUUCUCCAUGCUUGUUUUUGUCUUCGCCGGACAAGGAUCCGGAAUGGCAUUCAAUAAGUUAACGGAUAACGGUGCAACUAUUCCGGUGGGGCUAGUGGCGGCAUCUUUAUCACACGCGUUCGCACUUUUUGUGGCGGUAUCGGUUGCGGCAAAUAUUUCUGGAGGACACGUUAAUCCCGCUGUAACAUUUGGUCUUUUCCUUGGUGGCAACAUCACAUUGUUGAGGGCCAUCUUAUAUUGGAUUGCUCAGCUCUUAGGUUCAAUUGUGGCAUGUUUGCUUCUUAAAUUCUCCACUGGUGGAUUGGAAACAUCUGCAUUUUCGUUAUCAGAUGGAACGACAACAUCAAAUGCGGUGGUUUUUGAGAUUGUCAUGACUUUUGGUUUGAUGUAUACUGUGUAUGCGACAGCGGUUGACCCCAAAAAAGGGAAUGUGGGGACGAUUGCGCCGAUGGCAAUUGGGUUCAUAGUAGGUGCGAAUAUCCUUGCAGGUGGAGCAUUUGAUGGGGCUUCGAUGAACCCUGCAGUGUCUUUUGGUCCGGCUGUAGUGAGCUGGUCAUGGGUUAACCAUUGGGUAUAUUGGGUUGGACCUUUCACUGGUGCUGCCAUUGCAGCACUCAUCUAUGAUAAUAUUUUCAUUGCCAAUAAUAACUAUCAUCAACAGAUCUCUAAUGCUGAUUAUUGAGUAGUACUAAUUAAGUAAUCAAUUGAUUGUAGUAUGUAUGUUUUUUCUAUCUUCUUUUUCUACAUUAUUUGAUAUUUUAUGGUUACAUUGAUUUAGUUUAUAGUGUUUA